GAGAUCGCCAGGUUCCUAAGCCAAAUAUGGCGAACAAUUUUAUUAAAGGAUCACGGAAUUUUGCUUCAUUGUUUUGCCUUGGAAUUCGGAAUCUUCCUAGAGUUACCACUCAAAAAUGGGUGGGUCAGACAGGAAAGACUACAUACCGAUGUAUGACAACGAUAGUAGAUCCAUCACUUGGACUUACAGAUGAUCAAAGGGAAUUUCAAAGAGUUGCCCUAGAGUUUGCUAAGAAUGAACUUGCUCCUGAAAUGCAAAAGUGGGACCAGGAGGAAACAUUUCCUGUGGAUGUGUUAAAGAGACUGGCUGGACUGGGAUUUGGAGCUAUUUAUGCAAAGGAAGAUCAUGGAGGCAGUGGAUUGUCCAGAUUAGAAGCAUCUGUAAUAUUUGAGGCUCUUUCCACUGGAUGUGUCAGCACAACAGCCUAUCUCAGCAUCCACAAUAUGGUUGCUUGGAUGAUUGAUGAGUUUGGUUCAGAAGAACUCAGAGAAAGAUUUGUUCCUGAAUUAGCUUCCAUGCAGAAAUUUGGAUCUUAUUGCUUAACAGAACCUGGAAGUGGAAGUGAUGCUGCCUCAUUGUCAACAACAGCCAAAAGAGAUGGAGACCACUACAUUCUGAAUGGGUCAAAGGCAUUCAUCAGUGGUGGAGGAGAUAAUGAUGUCUACAUAGUCAUGGUCAGAACUGGAGAACAAGGUCCUAAAGGAAUUUCAUCAGUCAUUGUUGAGAAAGGAACACCAGGAUUGAGUUUUGGCAAGAAAGAAAGGAAAGUUGGAUGGAAUUCCCAGCCAACAAGAGCAGUAAUCUUUGAGGACUGUAGAGUUCCAGUUUCUAACAUAGUUGGAUAUGAAGGACAGGGAUUUAGUAUUGCCAUGCAUGGACUAAAUGGGGGUCGCAUCAAUAUUGCAUCAUGCUCACUAGGAGCAGCUCAAGCAUCCAUUGUACAAGCAGUUGAACAUGCCAAAGUACGGAAACAGUUUGACAGACCACUUGCUGAAAAUCAGAAUACUCAGUUCAAAUUAGCAGACAUGGCAACCUCACUGGUGACUUCACGGUUAAUUGUACGUCAGGCUGCUCGUGCUUUGGACAAUAAGUCACCAGAGGCUCCCACUCUGUGUUCCAUGGCAAAAUUAUUUGCUACAGAUCAUUGCUUUCAGAUUUGUAAUGAAGCUCUCCAGAUUCACGGAGGGUAUGGUUACCUUAAGGACUACCCUGUUCAACAGUACAUGAGAGACUGUAGAGUUCAUCAGAUUCUAGAAGGAACCAAUGAAGUGAUGCGACUAAUAAUUUCCAGAAAUCUUCUGCAAAGCAGCUGACAGAUGUUUUUUACUCUCCUUCCUAAAUAUUGAAUAAUUCAUAAAAAUUUUAAAUUUGCAAUCUUCUUUUGUUACACUGGGUUCUGAAUGACAAUUUUUAAGAACUCAACAUGUAGCCAUCUUUUCUCACAUUUAUAUGGUGUAUUUUAGGGUGUAUUUUCAAAAUGAAUGGAUCUCAUUUGAAAAAAAUCCAUAUUUAUUAAAAAUUAAAUCUCAUCAAGCCACAUGCAUUUUUAAGUUUAUCUUUAUUUAAUAAUCACAAUUAUCUAUUAAAAUUACAGUAUUUACUAAUCUGCAUAAAAAUGUAUUUUGAUGGGACGACUAGAGGUUGUUGUCAUUGACAUGCAGGGCUGCAGUAAAGGUCAUUAAAUAAAUAUUAAUUCUGGUUUA